AUGCGAGGAGGGUCGAGAUACAAAGAUGCCUCAGGUGGGGAAGGUAGUAAUGUCUCUGCCGAUGAGCAGCAGAACGUGGAAACAGAUGAAGAAGCUGUUUCAAACACUACCAAACAGAAAGUCGCAGCAGCUAAACAGUACAUUGAGAAUCAUUACAAAGAGCAGAUGAAGAUUCUCCAAGAGAGAAAAGAAAGGCGAAGCAUGCUAGAGCAGAAGCUGGCAGAUGCUGAUGUGUCUGAAGAAGAUCAAAACAAUCUUCUAAAGUUUCUGGAGAAGAAGGAGACAGAGUACAUGCGCCUUCAACGGCAUAAGCUUGGCGUUGCUGAUUUCGAUUUGCUUACAAUGAUUGGGAAAGGUGCUUUUGGAGAGGUUAGAGUUUGUAGAGAAAAGACGACAGGUCAAGUUUAUGCAAUGAAAAAGCUCAAGAAGGCCGAGAUGCUUCGCAGAGGCCAGGUUGAGCAUGUGAGAGCAGAGAGGAACCUACUUGCGGAAGUGGACAGUAACUACAUAGUGAAGCUAUACUGUUCGUUUCAAGAUGAUGACCAUCUUUACCUUGUCAUGGAGUAUUUGCCUGGUGGGGAUAUGAUGACUCUGCUGAUGCGCAAAGACACUCUGUCAGACGAUGAGGCCAAGUUCUAUGUCGCUGAGACAGUUCUUGCCAUCGAGUCCAUCCACAGGCACAAUUACAUCCACAGGGAUAUCAAACCGGACAACUUGCUGCUGGACAGAUAUGGGCAUCUGAGACUGUCAGAUUUUGGAUUGUGUAAGCCUUUGGACUGCAGUGCCAUUGGUGAAAACGAUUUUUCAAACAAUCCGAAUGGAUCCACAGAGAAAGAGCCUGGAUCAGCUGCUCCAAAACGAACACAGCAGGAACAGCUUGAACACUGGCAGAGGAACAGGAGAACGCUUGCUUAUUCCACAGUUGGCACACCAGAUUACAUAGCUCCAGAAGUCCUGUUGAAGAAAGGCUAUGGAAUGGAGUGUGACUGGUGGUCUCUUGGAGCUAUCAUGUAUGAGAUGCUUGUAGGAUAUCCUCCGUUUUAUUCAGAUGAUCCUAUGUCAACCUGUAGAAAGAUAGUAAACUGGAAAAGCCAUUUGAAGUUUCCAGAGGAAGCGAUCUUGUCGAAGGAUGCAAAAGAUCUGAUCAACAGCCUCUUGUGCAGUGUGAGACGAAGGCUUGGUUCCAAAGGUGCUGAUGAAAUAAAGGCUCAUCCAUGGUUUCAAACUGUUGAUUGGGAUACAAUAUUCGAUAUGGAUGCAGCUUUUGUUCCAGAGGUCAAUGACGAUUUAGACACUCAGAAUUUUGAGAAGUUUGACGAGAUGUUGUCGUCAAAGGACAUAAACUUUGUAGGGUACACUUACAAGAACUUCGAGAUCGUUAAUGAUUACCAAGUUCCUGGAAUGGCGGAGUUAAAGAAGAAGAACAAGUUAAAGCGACCAAUGGUCAAAUCACUCUUCGAUAGUGGAUCAUCAGAGACAUCGGAUUCGUCGGAAACAACAACGAGAUCGGCUUAUGAUAGACCUCCUCCUGCUCCUCCGGUGGUUCAGGGAAGCUUUCUGAAACUUCUGCCGCCAAAACUUGAAGUGAGGCCAAAGCAGGAAGAACCAGAAACCUGCUAA